AUGUGCCUGAAGUUCUCCGGUUCCCAGUGUCCGUACAAGUGUGUCCCGUGUAAGUGCUCCUGUGCCGCCCAGUGUGUCCCGUGUAAGUGUUCCUGUGCCCAGUGUGUCCCGUGUAAGUGUUCCUGUGCCCAGUGUGUCCCGUGUAAGUGUUCCUGUGCCCAGCGUGUCCUGUGUAAGUGUUCCUGUGCCCAGUGUGUCCUGUGUAAGUGCUUCUGUGCCCAGUGUGUCCCGUGUAAGUGUUCCUGUGCCCAGUGUGUCCUGUGUAAGUGCUCCUGUGCCCAGUGUGUCCCGUGUAAGUGCUCCUGUUCCCAGUGUGCGUACAAGUGUGCCCCGUGUAAGUGCUCCAGUACCUAA